ACUGUGAAUAGUACACCAUAAAGCUGCUGUCUUGAUUUUGGGACCAGUUUCUUCCUUUUCCCCCACCCCCCUCUCUCUCUCUUGUUGCCUCUUUCUUACUCUUUUUAGGAAUGCCCUUUUGGUUUUUCAACUCAAAAACCUUUAAUUUGCUGUUUUAGAUGCUGCCAGAAAUGGGAUCAGAAGGAUCAUCAAAAGUUGUAGUCCCGAGGAAUUUCAGAUUAUUGGAAGAGCUCGAAAGAGGAGAAAAGGGAAUAGGGGAUGGAACUGUCAGCUACGGGAUGGAUGACGCGGAUGAUGUGUUCAUGCAGUCAUGGACAGGAACUAUAAUUGGUCCUCCUAAUACUGUACAUGAAGGUAGGAUCUAUCAGUUGAAACUAUUUUGUGGAAAGGAGUAUCCAGAUGAGCCACCUGGUGUAAGGUUCCAGACCAGGAUUAACAUGAGCUGUGUAAAUUAUGAAACUGGUGUGGUAGAGCCACGUCUUUUCCCGAUGCUUGCUGAUUGGAAGAGGGAAAACACAAUGGAGGAUAUAUUGAUGCAGUUGAAAAAGGAAAUGAUGUCUCCCCAAAAUCGAAAACUAUCUCAGCCUUCUGAUGGCAAUGAAGAGGGCCGGGUGGAUCAAAAAGGCUUAGUGGUGAAAUGCUGCAUUAUGUAAUUGGAUUAAAUACUGAAAGAUAAUAAUGUAUAUCCUUAAUACUUAGAUGAUUCCAGAUAUUGUCUUAGUAUGUAUAGAUACGUAUAUGCUUUGUACUUGUUAUUGAAUCCUCCUUAAUUAUGGGAUGGACUGCUGUUUAAUGCCAAUUUUCCAACUGUGAAAAUAAGGCAAACUAGUUUCAUGACUUAAUCAUAUCCUGAAUGAUGCUCAAGUUUGUCUGAGAA